AGAGCGGCGGUGACCGCUAGGAGGGGCAGCGCGUGCGCAGAGCGCCGAAGUGACUUCGAGAUGUGAGCUACGAGGAGCGGCGCGUGAGCGGAGAUGUGACGGGUGGGACCUACGGCGGCUAGCGGAGGAUGGUCGCCCUCCUGGGGGCGACGACCCUGGUGCUCGUCGCCGUGGCGCCAUGGGUGUUGCCCGCAGCCGCAGGUGGGAAAAAUCUAAAAUCUUCUCAAAAAGUAGAAGUCGACAUCAUAGAUGACAACUUUAUCCUGAAGUGGGACAGGAGUGAUGAGUCUCUUAGGAGUGUGACUUUUUCAUUCGAUUAUCAAAAAUCUGGGACAGAUAAUUGGAUAAAAUUGCCUGGGUGUCAGAAUAUUACUAGUACCAAAUGCAACUUUUCUUCAGUCAAGUUGAAUGUUUAUGAAGAAAUGAAAUUGCGUAUAAGAGCAGAAAAAGAAAACACUUCUUCAUGGUAUGAGGUUGACCCAUUUACACCAUAUAACAAAGCUCAAAUUGGUCCUCCAGAAGUACAUUUGGAAGCUGAAGAUAAGGCAAUAAUGAUAAAGAUCUCUCCUCCUGGAACAAAAAAUAGUGUCAUGUGGGCUUUGGAUGGUUCAAGCUUUAGAUACAGCUUAGUUAUCUGGAAAAACUCUUCAAGUGGAGAAGAAGAGAUUGAAAAUAUUUAUUCCAUACGUAAAAUUUAUAAACUUUCACCAGAGACUACCUAUUGUUUAAAAGUUAAAGCAGCACUACCUGUGGCAAGGAAAGUCGGUAUCUAUGGUCCAGUAUAUUGUAUAAAGACCACAGUUGAAAACGAACUACCUCCACCAGAAAAUAUAGAAGUCAGUGUUCAGAAUCAGAGCUAUGUUCUGAAGUGGGAUUACGCAUAUGCAAACGUGACCUUUCAAGUUCAGUGGCUCCACGCCUUUUUAAAAAGGAAUUCUAUGAACCAUUCGUAUAAAUGGAAACAAAUGCCUGACUGUGAAAAUGUCAAAACUACCCAGUGUGUCUUUCCUCAAAAUGUUUUCCCAAAAGGAAUUUACUUUCUCCGUGUACAAGCAUCUGAUGGAAAUAACACAUCUUUUUGGUCUGAAGAGAUAAAGUUUGAUACUGAAAUACAAGCUUUCCUACCUCCUCCAGUCCUUAAAGUUAAACCCAUUGGUGAUUCAUUACAUAUCCAUAUUGAUGCUCCAAAAGAGUCGGGAAGCAAGCCUGUGAACGAGGAUUAUCCAUUCACUUAUGAAAUUAUUUUUUGGGAAAACACUUCAAAUGCUGAGAGAAAAUUUUUCAAGAAAGAAACGGAUUUUAUUGUUCCUAAUUUGAAACCACUGACUGUAUAUUGUGUCAAAGCCAGAGCACACACCAUGGAUGAAAAGUGGAAUAAAAGCAGUGCUUUUAGUGAUGUUGUGUUUGUGGAAACAAAACCAGGAAAUGCAUCUAAUAUUUGGCUUAUAGCUGGAAUUUGUACUGCAAUAAUUGCUAUCGUAGCUGUCAUUUAUGUUGUAAAAGUUCUCCUGAGAUGCAUCAAUUAUGUGUUCUUUCCAUCACCUAAACCUUCUUCCAAUAUAGAUGAGUAUUUCUCUGAACAGCCAUUGAAGAAUCUUCUGCUUUCAACUUCUGAAGAACAAAUUGAAAAAUGUUUUAUAAUUGAAAAUAUAAGCACAAUUGCUACAGUAGAAGAAACUAAUCAAACUGAUGAAGAUCAUGAAAAAUACAGUUCCCAAAACUGCCAGGAUUCAGGAAAUUAUUCUAAUGAAGAUGAAAGUGAAAGUAAAACAAGUGAAGAACUGUAGCAGGACUUUGUAUGACCAGAAGUGAACUCUGUAAAGCAGAAGGUUUUUCUGCAGGAGUCACACUGGGAGCCUGAGCUCCUUGCCUUACUCUCAGUCACUGCAAAGAGGACAUUUGCUUGUUUGGGGAAGAAAAAACAUCUUCAGUUACAGAUCCUAAACAUACAGGUAAGCACUUAACUAUUUAAAAAUGAAAUUACACCAGGCGCAGUGGCUCACGCCUAUAAUCCCAACACUUUGGGAGGCUGAGGCUGGCAGAUCAUCUGCAAUCAGGAGUUCAAGACCAGCCUGGCCAACGUGGUGAAA